ACAUCGACCAACUGGAGAAAGCAACAACCCUGGUGAAGAACGGCGCUCAGAAGGCCCUCUUCCACUUCCAACACAAGAGGGCGCACCAGCAGCUGGCCGAGCGAGGCCAGCACCUGAUGGAGUGCGUGCGCCGAGUGGGCCGGGCGAUCCUGGGCAGGGACCACCCGGAUCUAUUGGACCCGUUGAGAGUCGGUUUGACCGGCAGGCAGAAACAGAGAGCCGAAGACUAUGGAGAUUAUGGUGCCGUUGCUCCAGGGCUCCGCCUACCCACUGUGGACUACCUAAGCAAACCACUGCCGGCAUCGGCAGGAGCGUCAGUCUCUGAUCCAGCAAUCGACAUCGUGGAUGGCUUGACAGGACUUCAUUUGUCCAAAAGUUCCUCGAGUGCUCAGAAGAAAGGGGUGAUGCCUGCAAGACUCUCCUACCCCAUGGCCGGACUAGUGAGGGCUCUCUUUGCCCAUGACCCAGACAGGAAGAGGGUGGACCAGCUGUGCGUGGAGGCCGAGAACAAGAGCUCCUUUCUGGCUGGUCUCGCCACCAGGGCCGCGGAUUGCACGCAAGACCCACGGCCAAAAGGACGAUUGGAGUCCCAGGCACUUCAGCUCAUCUCCCACACCUCGCAGCUGGUCAGGCAGGCCAGAGCCUCCACGACGGGCACGGACUCGGCAAGGGCAGAGGUUCAUCUCCUGGCCGAAACCUGGACAUCGCUGGUCACUGACCUAUGCACUGGCCUCGUGGAAGUUAUUGGCUGUUGGGGCUUGCCUGGCAACGAGCUGAUGGAAGAGUCAUUACGAGGCGAAACGGAUAAUGUCCCCAGAGCGAUCGAUAAUUUGAAUUUGCACCUCCAAAGUGUCCACUGCUUGGUCCAGACUAUCGUUGAAGCAUCUCAAGCUCUUGUUGCUCUCAACGAUUCCAAAAUGGCCGACUCUUCAAGUCAGGUCCAGCUUCUGCAGAAGCAAGCGUCCCAUUGGUCGAGGCUGACCCACAGCCUGAUCAGUGCAGCCAAUGAGGCAGUCAUCAACCCAGAUGAGCCCCUGCUCCAGGAUCUGAUUGAGCGCCGGUGGCUGGACUGGUCCAUCAAACAGCUAGAAAUCAUAUCCAUCAUUGAUGGCUGCAAUAUGAAACCCGGUGGAGUGGCCAGCUUUAUAACCACGGUUGCCGUGGAGGGAAGUCACAGUGAGGUCACCGAGCAGGUGCAGAAUCUGGAAGACUACACAGUGCAGAUGGCUCACAUGACUGAUAGCUUACUAAGGAGCUAUGCCGACUCGACUUUACCCGACGGCCUACUUGAAGCCAGGAAUUCCCUGGACAAACUCAGCAAGCUCCUCACUGAGGCUGCCUUCAGCUGCUCCCGAGCAGGCACCGAGGGGGUCUCGCCAGAGCAGCGGAACGGGAAUCUGCAGAGGGUCGCACUGCUACAGAGAGAGUGGGCAGCAAAGGCUCAUCUGCUUUCAACUCACAUUGACCGCCUUGCUGGGGACAUGGCCACGCCCCUGGACAGACUAAGUGGGGCAGCGCUGGCAGUCAGCCAAGCUUCAGGUCCGUCAAGGCAGCAACUGCUGGAGGAGUUUCAGUCUCAGUCGGAUGGCCUCAGUUUGGCCGUGUCGGGGGUCAGGCAAGCUUGUGCCCAGGCCCUGAAGCCCACCCAGGCUGGACCGCUGAAGUCUGGCGCGUUUGCGGCUUUGGACGCCCUGUGUCGGCUGACCCCGGCGGCCGUUAUGCAAGCCAGGAGUAUAGCAGAUGGUCAGCUGGUGUCGAGGGAGGUCCGGGCAAACAUCAAGAGGGAGUGGGCUUGUUAUGCCAAGGCUGUCAUAAACAGCUUACAGAACAAUCCCGAAGUCAGGUCGUCUGUUGUCAAAGACGUGACCAGUGCACUGAAGUGCAACAGCAAUCUCCCCGCGUCCAGCGUGCCCCUCUCUGGAGCGGCACACGAUGAGUCAAGACCACUGGACACGUCUGGCCUGUCGCUUCACCAGCUGAGCCUCUUACACUCUCUACCCAGGCAAGGCAUCACAUCUGCAUUCGCACCCCGCAACCACUCCACCCCAUCUGAUCAUUCCGCCCAUCUACCUCAGCGCCCGCCCGCUACCCCUACUCACCUGCCCCCGUGGCAGGCCGCACUGCGCGCCUCAUCCUCGGGUCGUGCUUCCGCCUCCCCAGGGGGACGGGAUUAUGUCCAUGCUGGGAUGAAGACAUCGCCAGAGAAAGGCCACUCUCCCUUGAAGGAGGUAGAUCCGAAAAGUCCCUACAGGAGCAGAGCACUAGGAAUGCAUGACUACGUCAAGACUCCAGGAUUACGGUCUGCUACCAGCACCCCGACACUUCAAGCGCCCAGGACUGCCGGAGGGAGAGAGGCCUUGAAUCUGAGCAGCUACAGCAAGUGCAGCACGUCCAUCUGGGCAGCCGCCUCGGUCUUGCGGCAAGAGACAGACAAAUGGGAGGACGACUCCAACUCGGUCGUCAAGGUAGCCAAGACCAUGUCAGCCCAGAUGUACGACAUGGCGAGAUACGCACGCAAGAUCAACAACCCAGCGGCCAAAGAGGAGAUGAUCAACACAGCCAAGGCGAUCGCGGCCAACGGGAAAGUAAUCUUCAGGUUUGCCCAGAUACUGGCUGAACACUGCUUGGACGAGAGGGUUGGAGGUGAUCUGCUGCUCUGCGCUGGGAACAUUCCUUCCCUCUGCACCCAGCUGAGCAUCAUCGCCAGCGUCAAGACGGCUACACCCGACGACGACACGGCGGACAUCGUCCUGAUGAAGAACGCCGACAACCUGAUGCAAGCCGUGCUGAGUUCUCUCAAGGCCGCAGAGGCAGCGUGCGUCAAAGGCCUGAGACCAGUCCUGGAAGGCAGUAAGGAUGAAGAGGAGGCGAGAGCCCUGGCCACACAGUGGAGGCUACGACUUGACCACCACAGGCAGAUGGAGGCGUCCGGAGAGGGGGUGGAUGCCCUGGGGCUCAGGAGGCUGGCCCGGAACGUCUCGGCACCCGCCCUGAGCCAGAUCCUUGCCCAGCGUUGAGGCAAAGCCAGUCGGAUCAUAUUCCGGACAUGGCCUGCAGGGCUGAGUCAGAUCAAGUAUUUGAUCACUCAAGUUUCAACCUGAAAUUCAGUGGAACGGUUUGUUAGGCAGCAAAUUUUCGCUAAGCCAAGCCUCUAGAGAAACGAUUCAUGAAAUUAUGCAUUAUAACCAUCGGACGCAGCCCUAAUAGUUUCUAUUUGGAUGAAGUUUUAAGGAAGGAAUUUGGUUACGAAGAAACUGACUUUUUUGCUUUGUAUUUCAUUUUAUUGCACCUACGAAGAUUCUAAGUGAAAAAAAGAUAUUAGAAUAUUUGAUAAUUGAUCAUAUAUUCGAAUGUAUUUGAAUAUUUGUGUAUUUGACACAGGUUGUAUGGCCUCCAUUGUUCUGUUUGACACAAUCAGUGAAUGUGCACAGUUGUUGUGCACUCGCCCAACAGUCAAUCCUGGAGAAAAUCUCCCAAGUUCAGUUCCCAUUUCCAAAGCAAACCCCGGCACUUUGUGUUUAAUGGGAAUGCUGACUGGCCUCAGGAAUACUAGUGAGGUAGAUUGCUUGAUGUCAGGAACUGGUUCUAGAUUAGGGGACUGGGUACUUAUAUUAUACAUUGCAAAUGGCUGGGAAACCUCCCUCGUUUUGAUUUCUCUGUGAAUUUUUGAAUGGGUUGCGGCAUGGCUACCUGAGCCUCCGUGUUUUACAUCAGUAGUUACCUGGAGAUGCAGCCUCUGCCAUGGAAUGUGCAUGAUCCCAAAGUACGCAAAUCUGAAAAUUCUUAAUUAGGCUUAAAGGCUUGGAGGGGGCAUACAUGGAGGAAACAAAAUUGUCCCAAUGUGGUGAUGCAAAUUCCAAGCCGAGCUGGAGUAAUGUUAGUCAGUCUAUGGAUACAUGUUUUGGAUCCAAAUAAGCACUAACUUCGUGGAACGUUUUAAAAGGUCUGUGCGAUGCAUUCUUUGGUUUAAAGAGUACGCCUAAGGAAAACAGGUUUUCUCUAAUUUCAUCUGUUCAAAUAAAUAUGGAAGCAUCCAAGUCGAAAGUAGUGUCAUUUGUCUUCAGGGCUCAACUUUAUAACAGGCUAAAAAGGGCGUUUGUUCUGUUUAUGCCAAAAUGCGAAUUCUGAAUGUAGAUUACGUCAUUCAGAGAAAACAGAAGAAAACGAGGGGAACCCUCGCCCAGUGUUCAAAGUGGAUAUUAUCAACCCUUGUGUAUGUCAAGCAAUGCAUGUAGCCAUUAUUUGACAAGCACAGGGGUUUAUCCAAAUGACACUGCAUUCGAUUUGGAUGCUUCCAUACUUAUUUGAACAGAUAAAAUCAGAGAAAACAAGCUUUCUGACA